UAAAAUCAGGGAAGAGAGAAAAUCACCUUUAUCAAAAGGCCAAGUCUUACACGACCGUUGCAAUUUAUGGUAAUUUAAUUGCUGUAUCAAACAGCUUACGUCAUGCGGCCUUGAACCCUUAUAUCAUUAGGUUUGCCUGUUUGUGAAGUAGGUUAUUCGUUUUUAAAACCUUUGAAUGAUCUAAGAGACUUUUUUGUGUGCUAAGGACACAAACUACCGACCAGCGUCAGUAUAUAUGGGUUUAGAAGUGUCAAAGGAGGAGAAACAGAGACGGACAAGCUUAGAAAAUAAUCUCAACAAAAUGCCACGAAGCCUUCGCGUGACUGCUCAUACCCACUACAUAUCUUCGGAAUACUACAGAAAGUGGAAUAUCAGGCUUCAAUACAUUUCGCUUGUAGUAGGUGCAGUAGGAGCCACUGGAGGCUUUGCAUCAACAUUUGGUUGGAAAGAGCUUGUCAGACGUAGUCCUCGCCUCGCGCCACUCGUCGCCGCGAUCUCAGCCACUUCCGCUCUCCUCUCCGUUUCAGUUCAUUUAUUACCCAAGAUCCAGAGUAUGCCAGCUAAUUUAUAUCAGAAGCACUUUAGAUCUGGAAUAGAAUGCCAGUAUCUCGAAAAGAAGGUGAAGUUUAUAGCGGACACCGAGGUUUGGGAUUCCAAAAUACCGUGGGCAUCUUUAGCGUCAAAGUAUGAAACUCUGCUCAGGGACAAGAAAGACGUGGAUAGCCUGAUACAAACCGAAUACUGGGCUUAUCGAAAAGCUUUAAAGGUUAUUGAGGAAAGAGAGAGAGAGAAACGAGAGCAAAGUUUAAGAGUUACAGAAGAAACUUUGCAAUGAGCGCCGAAAACUUGGAAGAAUCGUAAGCUGUAAUAAAUGUUAUAGGUCUGUUUUUAACUAUAAAUAUAAAACUCCUGCACAUAAAUACUAUUAAUAGAAAAAAUUUGACAAUAAAUUCCAAUUUUACGAAAAACACGUUUCGAUCGGUCAACUAUCACCAUUUCUGGCAAGAGAUUAUAGUCUUUUGUUUGUAGCUAGUUUGAAGCUUUAUAUCUAAGUUAUAACGACCAUGAACUGAAAUUGGCCUCGAAAAAUAAUAUUCAAAUGAAAUGCACCAGACAAAAUACGCUUUCAAUUCAGAGACCGGAAGUACAAAACUAAACACUCAUUCGCAAGGAAAAGUAUAUCGAGGCGAGAACAAAAUUCUUUGGUCGGCAUGGUUGACGGUGAAUUCUUCUUACGGAUAUGGAAAGCAUUUUUAAAUGAAUAGCUAUAUAUUACUUCCAGAAUCCGAAAGAGAAUAUCAUUAUUUGGAUCCAAAACUGAAUUUUUUAUGAACGUCUGUGAAGCUCAAUACGACCUCUGAGCGUGGUACAGAGUGCAGAUUCAGUGAAUGCAAAAUUGUGAUAUAAUAAAAGACUAUUUCUUUUUGAUCGAAACGCUGGAAAUAGUGCAAAUGAUUCAAAAUUGAGCAAGAAAAAACUACAGAAAGAUAAGUGCACUACGGAGUGUGGGUCAAACCUUCACUCGAGCUCUUACAGUUCGUAAGAGAGUAUCAUGGUUUUCUUGCGUGACGCAAGCAAUUGAUGUCACCAGAGGAGUGGAGGGGGAAAAAGGAGGGGGAAGGCGUGGGGGAAAACAAAACAAAAAAAUUAUGUGAGCAGUCCCUGCCGUGUGUACACUACAGCGAGUGCUGUUUUUACUAUUUUUACGCUUUUGACGUUUUAAUAUUAAAGGUUCUCAAUAUUUAAAUGUGUCGCUGA